AUGGAAGGCUGCGGGAAAGCUUCGAUGCGGCAGCGUUCGACUGCCCGUCCGUCACACCUAGAAGACCAUCUAGAUGGAAGCAGCGCUGCCAUCAAGGUGAUUGUUUUCGGCGGCAUGGACGGUAUCCUCUCUAUGUUCGCUGUCGUCUCUGGAUGCGCCGGCGCCGCCAUUUCGCCGCUGCAGACAAUCUGCGUGACGCUGGGCACGAUGCUUGCGUCGGCGUUCUCGAUGGGUUACGGCGAGUACGUCAGCUGCGGCGCCGAGCGCGACUACGUGCAGUCGGAGCGUAUGCGUGAGGAGAUAGAAGUAGCUGAGAAGCCCGACUGUGAGAAGCGGGAAAUGUUCGAGAUUUACGUGCAUCGGUACCACUUUAGUCCCCGGGAUGCGAAGAACCUGGUCGACCUGACCUUUCGUAACAAAGCCUUCUUUUUGCGACACAUGAUGGUGGAAGAGCUCGGCAUUUUGCUGACAGAAGAUGAGCUUUCCCCUGCCAAGCGCGGCCUGCUGAUGUUCGGCAGCUUCUGCAUUUUGGGAUCGUUCCCGCUGCUGGGUUUCUUCGGGUUCUUCGUGGCCGAGGCGGGUUCAACGCUGUCGCACACGAUCGGCUUCAUCGCGACGGCCGUUUUCUCGCUCCUGGCCACCAUGUGUCUGGGCUACUUCAAGGGGAGCUACAUGAGGCAGAGCAAGGCGGCGUCUGCGCUCAAGAUGACCUUCAACGGCGUGGUUGUGGGUCUGAUAUCGUAUCUUUCAGGUGUGAUACUCAUGGUGAGUCCGCGCCCCGCAAAAUCAACAUGUCGCAGCGCAUUUUCCCCGACUCGGCGGUGUAAUUCCGCCCACCACUGUGCCCUAAUCGUGUCUCUGUAA